AAAAGGACUUUCACAAAGAAUAAAGUUUAGACUUAUUGGAAUUGCUGCAGGAUUCCAAAUUCAGAUUGCUGGCCAUUUCAAGCCAACAAGCAACAACAAUUGCAAAUAUUCACAUAAUAUCUAUGGUUUAAACAUGGAUCGAUCUGAGCGUGUAAAUAAAACAUCAAAGACAAAUUCUUCAGGGAAAAAGAAAACCAGAUGCUGCAAUGGAUUUAAGGUUUUCUUGACAGCUCUGUCAUUUAUCUUCAUUUGCAAGACAUUAGGUGGAAUCAUUAUGAAAACUUCCAUCACUCAAAUAGAACGGAGGUUUGACAUUCCCUCUUCUACUGCGGGUUUAAUUAAUGGAGGCUUCGAAAUUGGAAAUUUGUUUGUGCUCGUGUUUGUAAGUUACUUUGGAUCCAAACUACACAGACCAAAGCUAAUUGGAAUCGGUUGCAUCAUUAUGGGAGCUGGAGGUGUCCUGACUGCUUUGCCUCAUUUCUUCAUGGGACAUUACAGGUACUCUGCAGAAACCCAUGAUAAUGCAUCAGAGUUUUCAUUGUCUGCUUGUUCAAUUGAUAAAACUUCAUCACCCACUGAAAUAUCAUCCAAAAUAGUAGCAAAAGGUUGUGAGAAGGAAUCCAAAUCAUACAUGUGGAUCUAUGUCCUAAUGGGUAACAUGCUUCGUGGGAUAGGGGAAACCCCUAUAGAACCCCUAGGAAUUUCUUACCUUGAUGACUUUGCAAAAGGAGGACAAUCCUCUGUUUAUAUAGGUAUUCUGAAUGCAGUAUCAACUAUUGGCCCGAUCCUAGGCUUUACAAUGGCAUCUGUGUUUGCUAAAAUGUAUGUGGACAUUGGAUAUGUAGAUCUGAGCAGCAUCAGAAUAACUCCCCAGGAUGCCCGCUGGGUUGGUGCUUGGUGGCUUGGUUUCCUUAUAUCCGGACUACUUUCCCUUAUUUCUUCCAUACCUUUGUUUUUUCUACGCCAAAGUCAAGAUGAACCACAGGAACAAGGAAGGGAAGUUUCUACACCUUUGCAGGGACUCAAACCGGAUAAAGAAAAAGAUCAAACAGCUUAUUUAACUGAACAUGGUCAAGAUGUUACUAUGACUGGUUUUUUGAAGUCCAUGAAAUGUCUCCUUACCAAUCAUCUCUACAUUUUUUAUAUGAUUUUUACACUGAUAAAUUUCAACGCUGCUGUAGGUGGAAUUACUUACGUCUUCAAGUUUGUAGAACAACAGUUUGGUCAGACUGCAUCUCAGGCUAACCUUCUUCUGGGACUCAUGGUUCUACCUAGUAUGGCAACUGGAGUCCUUUUAGGAGGAUAUCUCACUAAAAAGCUGAAGUUAACUGUAGUCGGAAUUACUAGAUUUUCAUUAUUUACUUCCUCCAUUAGCUUCAUGGUGCAGCUACUAAGUUUUGCUCUGAUGUGUGAAAACAAGUCAGUUGCUGGCUUAACUCUGAGCUAUGAUGGACUUAAUCCAGUGACACCUCAUGCAAAUAUACCACUGUCAUAUUGCAACUCGGAUUGCAAUUGUGAUGAAAGUCAAUGGGAACCCGUCUGUGGGAGCAAUGGAAUAACUUACCUGUCACCUUGUCUGGCAGGAUGCAAAUCUAGAGGUGGCGAUGAGAAGUCCACUGUGUAUUAUAACUGUAGUUGUAUCGAAGUUUCUGGUUUCCCCAGCACAAAUUAUUCAGCCCAUUUGGGUGAAUGCCCAAGAGAUGAUGGUUGUAAAACUAAUUAUUACAUUUUUAUAAGUGUGCAAGUUUUGAGUUCUUUUAUCUCAGCAUUGGGAGGCACUUCAUUUAUAAUGCUGCGUAUGAGAAUUGUUCAACCUGAGCUGAAAUCACUUGCAGUGGGUUUCCAUUCACUAAUUUUACGAUCACUAGGAGGAAUUCUAGCUCCAGUAUAUUUCGGGGCCCUGAUUGAUAGAACAUGUUUAAAAUGGUCCACUACAAGCUGUGGAACACGAGGAGCCUGUAGGAUGUAUGAUUCCUUACUAUUUGGAAAUUCCUUCUUGGGUUUGAACACAUCCUUAAAUUUUGUAGGAAAUAUUUUUCAUAUUGUAUUUUUUCAUCUCAUGAAGAAAAAAUAUGAAGGAAAAGAUGGAAAAUCAUUUGAAAAUGAAUGCAAAGACACAAAUGAAGUAAAUUUAGAACCCUCAAAUAAUAACGAACAUUUUGUACCAUCUGCAAUAGUGAAAGAAACACAUAUUUAAUUGAAGAAAAAGAUACUUCUUUUGUUUUUUCCAAAAAAACAGUGUAUUGAUGCAGUAGUAUGCUAUUUUUCAGUUCCUGGUCAUUUCACUGUGAAUUCCCAUAAUGUAUGUGACAGAAAAAUGAAUAAAUUUAUUUUAAAAAACAAUAAAGGAAAA